AUGUACUCCGCUGUCGCUGCUGCUGCUCUCUUGGCCGGUUCUGCCGUUGCUGCCUACUCCAACGAUACCGUCAUCACCACUGACGUCACCGUUACCGACUACACCACUUACUGCCCAUACUCCACCGAGGUUGUCAUCAAGACCUGUACCUUGGAGAAGUGUGCUCCAGUCACCAUCACCGUGUCUGAGGCUCAAACUUUGACCGUUACUGGUGAGUGUGUCAUCCCAACCACCUACACCACCGAGUGGGCUACCACCACCUCCACCGUUGAGUGCCACGAGUGUGAGGAGAAGUCUACUGUUGCUCCAGUUUCCACUGCUGCCCCAGAGACCACCUCCGCUGCUCAAUCCACCGUUGCCGCUGUCUCCUCUUUCGAGGCUGGUGCCGUCAAGAACGUUGCCGGUGCUUUGGCUGGUGUUGCCGCCGUCGCCGUUGCUUUGAUCUAA